CGUUCUUGGUUAGUGAACGGGGAGUCGAAUAGCAUAAAUAGUGUAAACUAUGCACAAUGUCAACACAGUGAAAAAUCGUCAAACUUACUAAAUAUACUACCUAAAAUGCGGCACAACACAGUUCUCACGUUACUCUGACCACGUCUGUUAUUUAUUUCACAUAUCAAGAGUUUGAGUAUUGUUCUGAGAUUGUUACAGAACUUUCAAGAUGUUGGUCAGUCGCUACCGUCCGAUUUUGUACCUGCAGUACUUUCUGCUGAUCGUGGACAUCUUUAUGAACUGUUUCAUUGACUUCAUGAGGUUUCAGAAUGUCAUCAUCUUGGUGUUGCAUGUCAUCCAAGAUAUGUGUAUCCUCUUUGCCGUGAUAGUUGUCUUCUUGAUGUUCUUCAACACUUACAUAUUCCAAGCCGGCCUUGUUAGUGUUCUUGUGAAGAAAUUCAAAGUGGCCAUCAUCCUCACGUUCAUAUAUUUCUUCCUAUGUAUUGCGUUGCAUUCUUGGAACAUGACUCUCCGAUGGAGUGAUCCCAAUGCAUACACAUGGAAUGCGGGAUUUUUAGCUCUGUAUGUUAUACAAAGAACAGUUGCUGUGUUGUAUUAUUACUACUACAAGAGAACGGUUCUACGACUGGGCGAUCCAAGAUUCUACGAAGAUUCAGAAUGGUUACGGAAAGAGUUUGAGAAAAAGAGAUAGUCCUUGAACUUUGUUAAGUUUUGGUGCUUUUACCAAAUGAUUCUUGGCCCAUUAUGAUGGGUUGUGAGCAGCUGUGAACUGGUCAGUGUGAGCAUGUGUAGUUUUUAGUUUAACUGGUCCGGAAUUGACCAAAGAUCCGUCCUUUGCUUGAUAGGGGAGUCCAUACCCUUAGGGUGGCCUUUUUACAAUGGAUUAUAUUGAGAUUAUAUAAGAGACCGAGUACAGAAUGUCAAAGGUUUUCCCACCUUUGGUAAUGUACUUAGAUUUGUUUAUGUUUUCUAAUAAAGCUAGCAUUUUAUUAAUAGUACAUAAUAUGACUAGGAUUUAAGUCAAAUAGUUAAACUGUUAUUUGAAUGACACUACUUGUCCGAUUCUGAUACUGUCUUGAAGAAAUUGCGUACUAGCAUAAUAUCAAGCUUACCUAUUAGAUAGUGUCAGACUGGCUGAAAUGUUCUAAUAGCAGCAGGUUUAUCUGGCUUUAUGAACAAGUUAAAAGGUGUUUGAUAGUGGAUGACGUAUGGUUGGACAUUUCACUUCCAAACUUGUGGAGACAUCGGUAUCGUAGUCGUUCUUUGACAAGUCUUUGAUCUUGAUCCUAUUCUGACUAGCUUCAGUUUAAAACCAACAUACAUUUAGGUUUUUGAUACCCCAAUUUAGCCCAGUUUGUAUGUAGUAUUAUGUAAAUCAUGUAAAUAUUAUUUUGUAAGAAGAUUUUAAAUUAUAUAUUUUCGUACCAACAUG